UGCCUUAUUUAGGGCGCUUUGUUACACGCUGGCUGAUACCGCCGUUGAUGUGGGUUAAUAGCUAUCAGAGUAACUGGUCCGGUCGCUGCAGGGUACAGGUAGGAGUCAUCAUUACGCAUGGGUGUGUGUUGAAUUGCUAUGGUCGAUCUAUUAUUCUAGGCCCUGUGGAUGUGAGACUUGUCUGUUAUUUGUUGGUAGUAUGAUACUACUGUUGCCGUGUUGUUCUGCUAUAGAUAGAUGUUGUCCGUGGCUGAUGAAUGCGGCCAGUUGGCGGGCUGGGCCCAUGAGGUUCAGUAGCUAGAUCAGGGGUUUCUGGGGAUAGCAGUCCUUCCCCGCAGUAAUUUCAGAGCCCACAUUGGGAACAUCAAGUAGACUUGUCACAUUGCUAAAUGGGCGUGCUUCCAUAACCGUCAUCAUCUGCUGGUGGGUAUGAUCGGAUAGAACGCUCAUAACAGAGAGUUUAGGCGGCGGCCAAGUAAGUGUUAGCUAAUGGCUGGCACCUUUCAUUGCGAUAAACUGAAACAAAGACAAAUUCGAGUUCGUGUCGUACGAAAGAGAGAUUGGUUCAAGUUUAGGCAGAUCAGGCACCGAUUCCGGCUGUCGCAUGACCUUGCGAUAUAAGGUAUCCCCAAAAGGAGUCGGUAGAGUUAGGUUGACAGCCGCCAUGUCCCAUCCAUGUGACUUACACCUCGGAUAUGUUUCUCAGCUAAUCGGCAGUUGCUGUGGGUUUUGUUUCAUGUCAAAGAUGGUUGCGAAGGCUAUUGGCUUAGAUCUAAGUGUUCUUCAACUAGAGCGAGAGAUAUUAGUCCGUGUUGACUAUCUCUAUUGGUCCGGUCUAUAAGGUGUCGAGUGUGAGCGGGCUAAUCGGAUCGCAUAGCCAGGGGUCAGAGGUGUAUAACUGGCAAUGCGAACGUACCAAUCAAAAAG